GUUUGUUUAUUUAGAUAUGCAGCAAAAGUAACUACAUGCAUUACGGGCCACUUCCAUAGGAUACUUUUUCAGAGACAUAUUCAAUCUUAAACGUUAUUUAUAUUAUGAACUGUUUUAAAGAUGAUGAAUUCAAAUUCACAUUAACAUUUUGUGAUGAUUCUGUGAUUUAUUUGCACUACCCUUGUACCGUAAGGGUUAAUAGUUAAUAUAAGUGAGAAAAGUUCGUACCUAUUUUUUAUAUCAAUUGUUUGAGUAAGCGGUAAAUUUUCGCCUCAACUAUUUUUAUUUUCAUAUUAUCGUUACUUUGGAUUUGCAAGAAAAAAUGGUAUUGGCACAUGAUAUUAAUGCAAUACCCCGAACACGAGAUGUCCAGAUAUCCUACAAUAUAACAUUUGAUAAUAUGCUGCUUGCCCAAGAAACACUAAAUGGUUUGAAAAAAUCUGGAUUUUUCAAACCAUCACCAAUUCAAUUGCAUGGCAUCCCAUUGGGUAAAUGUGGAUUUGACCUUUUACUGGAAGCUAAGUCAGGAACUGGUAAAACAGCUGUAUUCAGUAUAAUAGCAUUGGAAAAGAUAGAGCCAAAAAAAGGGCUUCAAGUUGUUAUCCUAGCUCCUACAAGAGAAAUAGCAGCACAAAUUUGUGAUGUUAUAAAACUUAUUGGAUCGGACUAUAAAGAUUUGCAUGUUGAAGUUGUAAUGGGGGGCCUUCCUGUUCAAGAAGAUAUUGAAAAAUUCAAAAAGAAUGUGCAUAUUGUUGUUGCUAGUCCUGGGCGCUUACGUCAUCUUAUACAAGAUAAAUAUAUAGAUACAACAUCUGUUAGACUUCUCAUACUUGAUGAAGCUGAUAAAUUGAUGGAGAAAAGUUUUCAGGAAGAUAUCAAAAAUAUUAUAUCAUUUUUACCAACCCAAAAACAGGUUAUAAUGAGUAGUGCAACAUAUGAUGAAACUGCUAAAAUGUUUAUUAAGAGCUAUGUACAAAAUGCACAACAUGUAUGUCCUGAGAGUAAUUGUGUUCUCUUAGGGGUGGAUCAGAAAGUAACAGAGGUCAAAUAUAAUUGUAAUAUAGUUAAACAAACUCAGAAUAGAUUUCAAGAAGUGAUCAAAAUAUUUUCUAAAAUGUCAUUUAAACAAUGUCUUAUAUUUUGCAAUUACCAAGCUAGGGUAUCAGAAAUACAUAAACUACUGUUACGUGCAAACUGGCCAGCAGAACAGUUGUCUGGAAAUCAAGAACAGACUGAUCGACUGGAGGCAUUGAAAACGUUACAACAAUAUAAAUGCAGAAUUUUAAUAGCCACAGAUCUUGCUGCCCGUGGUAUUGACGCCUCAAAUAUUGAUCUAGUCAUUAAUUUUGAACCUCCUUUUGAAUGGCAAACUUAUUUACAUAGGAUAGGAAGAGCGGGGCGUUAUGGUUCUUAUGGAAUGGCUGUUACAAUACUUAGUGAAGGAGUGGAAGCAAAGAAGUUUCACAUGAUGCUUGACCCAAUGAAAGAUACUAUAAAUAUCACAAAUCUGUGGUGCAAUAAUAACACUUUUCAUGAGGAUAUCUCUCCUAAAUCACCUUGUCCAGAUGUUGAUAAAAGCUGUGGUACACCUCAAUCAAAUACACAAAUUGAAAAAGCGUGCAAUGAAUUAUGGAAAAUUUUGGUAUCAGAUGAAGAAAUAAUAAAGAACAAUAAAGUAGAAAGUUUUGAAAAUUUAUGCAAGUCAUUUGAUGAAAGUAGCCCAGGUAUUGAAACAUUUCAUGAAUUAUUACAAUCGUUUGAAAAUGAUGAUGGACAUGCUGAAAUAGAUGUAAGUUUUAAACACAUUGAAAUCAAUAAUGAUAAUUUUAUAAAUAUUAGAGCUGCAUUAAAAAAUAAUGACUUACAUUCUUUUGAAGAUAAUAAUAAGUUUACAGAUAAAUGUGAAAAACUUUAUUAUGCACAUAAUAAUGAAAAAUACGACAAUUAUACUGAAGGUAAUUCUAACCACAAUGGCAAAACUUUUCCUAACGUAAUAAACGACCAUCUGAAUGACUAUUUAGUUAAAAAUUCUGAAAAUAAAGAGAAUUUCAUCGUCAGUAAAGACAUUACCACUCAUAGUCUACAAAACUCAACUGAGAUAAGUGAUCCUCAUGAUCCACAAAGAGCCCUUUUAGACGCAGGUCUCCCAACUGAAUUUGGUAAAUCAAACAAAAAGAAAACCAGAAAACUUUAUUUCAAUAAAAAGAAGCCCAUCACAUCAGACAUUGAAUUUAAAAUAUUAAAUGAUGCACUAGAGAUUGAAAGAAAUGUUUUUUGUAAUGGUACUGGAAGUAAUACAAAAUCUAAAUCUGUGAAAACCAAUGAUUUCAAACAAUCAAAUACAUUUAUUAAAAACAGUGAAACCAUUAAAUUAAAUAAAAGUUCACAUUAUAUGUACAAAGAUUAUGGAGAUUGGUAUAAACAUCUAAAACUUCAAACCAAGCAAAUCGAAUUAGCAGUGUACAUAGAUGAACUUUCGAAAUUGUAAACACAAGAAAAAUAUUUUUAACCGGUUAAUCUUUAUCUAUACUAAUUUUAUAAAGCUGAAUAGUUUGUUUGUUUGAACGCGCUAAUCUCAGGAACUACUGGUUCGUAUUGAAAAAUUCUUUUUGCGUUGAAUAGACCAUUUAUUGAGGAAGGCUUUAGGCUAUAUAACAUCACACUGCAACUUAUGGAGCAAAGAAAUAAUGGAAUAUGUGAAAAAAAGGGGGAAAUAUUCAUCCUUGAGGGCUUCAAUGAUGCCUAAAAUAACUAUUCCACGCGGACGAAGUCGCGGGCACAGCUAGUUUCUAAAUAUAACUUUAUCAACCAACCCAAAUUCACUUUAUUACCCCGUCCACGGUAGUAGGUACUACGUACAUAUUAAAAGCCAAAUUCUUAAUUAUAUACUUACUGAAAGUUUCAGGAUCAUCCGUCUAAAGUACCCACGUAAGGCCACGUAAAAUGCAAGUGGUUAUCCCAAAUCAUAUGACCGCACAGUGCAUACUUCCGUGUCCGCAACACACAUUUCCAUACUGGGUUACUUGUCAUGCGGUUGAAUGUACAGAACUAUAAAUUUAUUAUCUACUCUUGAAUAAUAAUAAAAAGAAAUGCAAAGUGAUUAAAAAGUUAUUAAUUUU